AUAAACAUUAGUUCAAGCUCGGUCAUGUAAUAAUUACAUUGUAAUUGGAGAGAUAUGAAAAGAUUCUGAGAAAGAUGAAAAGUAAAGCGGAUGCAUGGAUGGAAGAUGAGAUGAGAAAUAGCGAGAAGAGAAAGUUAAAAAAUCUCAAAUUUCCCAACUCAGCUGCUCGCUCAUCCUCAGAUUCACGCAAAUAUUAUUUGUGAAUAUUUACCAAAAUAUUUCGCCUGUUUAUCAUUGCACAUCAAUUUAAUUCGACAUUACAAGUGUCGUUUGUGUAAUUAAUCCUAAAUACGAUUCUCUACUUGAUGGUGGAGGAAUAAAUUGAGUGAAGAGUUAAAAUGGCUCAAUUGAACUGCCUCUUGUGCUUGAAAGGCGUGGACAAGGUUGGAGAUGAAAAUUCCGCAGAUAAUUAUUUAGACCAGACACAAAUUAUUCAAUUAUUCGAGCUCGUGGUCCCGAAAGAUCGGAAUUCUCCUUCUCAUCAAGAUCUCAUAGCUAAUUGUGCCCAAGAAAAUGAUGGUUUCACUUUAUGUCAUGAUUGUUCUUUUGCGACGACACAGGUUGAACAAAUUAAGGGGAAAAUAUCCCAAUUGGAAGAAGAGAUAAAUCUAAAAAUUGAACAAAUACGAAGGACUAUCAUACAUUCUUCUCACCUGAAGGAAUUUAGUAAAGAACUUGAUCAAAUUCGAAUGUGUUUUCUUAAUUGCUUAUCGUCAGAUGGUGGUGUCAUCCAAGAUGAUUUCCAAGUAAAAGUAGAAACUGAAGGAGAUUAUGAAGGAAUGGAAGAUUAUGAAGAUAAAUUCCUUCCAGAUGAUAAAGUCGACCUUUCCCCACCAGCAGCUGAUGAUUACAAUGGAGACGAUAAUGACGAUCCACUUCUUACUGGUUUUUCCCAUUCUUCUUCUGAGGAUGAAUCAUCUUUCCUAAUAACCCCAGAUAAUCUUGUGGCGAAGAAGAAGAAAUUAAAAUAUAUGAAGAAAAAGUCAAGGAGCAAAAUGAAGACCACGGAACAAAAGGCUUUGUUAAAAGUCUCCAAAAGAAGCAAAACUAUUAAAAAACCUAAUAUAUCAAUAUCAGACCGAAAGACGCGUUCAUCUUCAUGUAGAAAUAAUGAAGACAAGCCCGAAAUUAAAUAUAGCACCGAAGCUAACGAGUCAGACACUGAAUACGAAAAGAAGAAGAAGAAAUCACUGAAAAAACCAGCAAAGAGAAGAAAGUUCGUAUUUCCUUGUCCUAUUUGUCCCCGUAAAUUUCCAGUACAUGUCAGACUUGUCAAGCAUAUGCUGGGCAAACAUGAAACAAAUGAGAAGAACUACUUUUGCAGCAAGUGCGGAAAAGGCUUCACCGCCGAGCCGAAUCUUCAAAGACAUGUUUCCCUUCACGAACUUGACGACAGCAAGCCCAUUAUUUGUCCUGUUUGCGAUGCCAGAUUUGCGACUCAACAACAUCUCGAUAGGCAUGCACUCACACACGAGAGAAAAUAUCAGUGCGAUUUUUGUCCACAAGUGUUUCAUAUAAAAACCAAUUUUGACAGCCACGUUCGCACCCAUACGGGAGAAAGGCCUUACAAGUGCGAACAAUGUCCAGAAGCCUUUAUCGACUGGGCAAGCAAAGCGAAACAUAUUGUUAAAAUGCACAAUCCUCCUGAAACUAGUGAAUGUCCUAUUUGUUUAAAGGAAUUUUUGAAAAGAUCCAUUGAAUCUCACAUUGAAUUGGUUCACGAAGGCAAGAAGAAUCACAGUUGUGACGAAUGUGGAGAAAAAUUCAAAUAUUUAGAAACGUUAAGAUAUCAUCGCGUCAAGGCACAUAACGCGGAUGGCCUAAUUUGUGAUACCUGCGGUGCAACAUAUGGGACACGUAAGGCAUUUGAACGCCAUAAAUUGGACCAUGCUAUGGCAUUUCAGUUCGAAUGUGAUAAAUGUGGUUUAAAAUUCAAAGCUCAACACCUAUUACGUUAUCACAUGAGCGUCCACGGGCAAGGAUACAUUUGCGAACAUUGCAGUAUGACCUUCAAACUUCCACACCAUUUAGCUCAACAUAUUAAACGAAUCCACAGUCCAGAUUACGUGGCUAAAAAACCAUAUGAAUGUAGCUAUUGUAAGAAACGAUAUCAGACCAAACGUGACAUGGAUUGCCAUGUUCGUCAAGUGCACACAGGAGAACGUCCAUUCGUUUGUCACCUGUGCGGCAAGGGAUAUGCCGUGAAGACGACCUUAACUUUACAUAUUAAAGGGGUUCAUGGAAUUGAUGAAAGGAAGAGAUCUGGUCAGAAAAAGUCGAAACGUGAUGAAUUUUCCACUGCGAAAGGUCGGGAGCAAAAGGCUGAGACGGAGUUGUUGACAAGUUAAGAUUGCACUUUGAUCAGCUCAUCGGCUAUAGUUUAGCCGUGUUAACCUGAGAAUCAUGAUACAAAUUGUAAAUAUGUGCAACUUCUGUCAGCGGAAUAAAGUCUGAUUUAUUUUAAUUAAAUUAGAUAACUACUUGGUUACACAUGUAUGAUGAUUUUUAAUGAAACAUGUGACAAGUUGAUAAUAUGCAUAUAUUAUUUUAUUUACCUAUAUUUGUUUAAAUUUUUGUAAAAUAACUUUGUCCAUGAUCUAUGUAUAUGUAAUAUUAAAGCUUAUAAUUUAUAAGUGCUGUUCCAUUAAAUCACGUACACAUCUACUACUUAAUUAAAUAAUAAACGCCGAAAACACAAAGUGCUUUA